UGGAACGGUAGCACGCGCAGGCAGAGAGAGGGUGUACCGCGCACAUAAUCGCUCCCCCCCCCCCCACACGAUCGAUCGAGACCAAGAUCGAUGGAUGGAUCGAUGAUCUGACCGUGUCCAGGUUGCGAUUCCCAGGUUGCGAACCGUUGCGUUCCGGCGCUUCAGGAUCGACCGAGUGUCACGCGUGUGUGCUGUGCUAGGGCGUGUCAGUAUCAAGUGAAAGUCGUUUGCAGUGUCGUCACACCCGAAGAAGAAGUGAAAAACGGUUGCAAAAGAACGUUGCACACUGAACUCCGUCACAGUCGUCGCAGCGAUCGACAGCGAACGAACAAACCCCCGUUUUGAUCCCCGUCCGAAUCGAUCACGAGGAGAGUGCGAGUGCGAGGGAGGAGGAUGGAGAAGGAGCGAUAGCGACGAACGCACCUGUCUGUCACAACGAAACGCAAAGAGGUGGUGGGAAGGAACCGGAAGUGGAGGCGCAUCAAGUGUUCGUAACCAAAACAAACUUACCAAACAAACAAACAAACAAAAAGGCAAACACGCGCGGGUGUUUUUUUUUUAUUUUUUUGGGACCACACCACACCAACAGCAGCGUGCACAGCAGCGUGCGCUUAUGCAAUCCGGGCCCCCUCUCUCUCGCUCUCUCUCUCUCGCCACGGUACCGGUGUUUUUUUUGUUUGAGCGGGCGCGCGGGCCCCCCCCCCCCCAGGUGUACAAGAUGGCUUCCGAACCGAUCCUCACCGGGAUCAUCGCCGAUCGUUCUCCUUCGUUGCUGCUGCUGCUGCUGCUGCAGCUAUUGCUGCUCGCUCCUCUUCUUCAUCUCACGUGGGCGACGCCAGUAGUGGUGGACAGCCGGACAGCGGCUGCAUCGAUCAACCCAUCAACAACAACAACAACAACAACUAGGAGCCACUACCAGCACCAGCAUCAUCAUCAACCGGCAGCGACGCCGACAACCAUCGCCGAUGAUGGAGUGUUGUUCAACCCUGGUGCGUCGCUGGAGAGAGCGGAAGCAAACCAGCCCCGCAUCAGCCGCUCGUCGAUCCACCCAGCAAAGAAGGUAGUGAUUCAGUUCGAGGAGGAACACGAGGAGGAAGAGGACGGUGACGGUGACGGUGACGGCGACGGCGACGAUGACGCUGACUCCGGGUCGGUGUUUGGCUCUGCGCUAUCGCCUAUCGCGGAGAAGCUGGUCCUGGAGCAGCAUAAACCGGCGGCCCAGAAGCUCUAUCCGGCUUUCUUUCGAAACAUUCCACCGUUAGGGCACUCGCGGCCCUACUACCAGCCACCGGUUGACCCCUCACUCAUCGAGCAACAGCAGCAGCAGCAGCAGCAGCAACAACAGCCACGCUACAGCAACAAACUCCGGCAGAAUGGGGCGGUUCCCGGGGGCGGUCCGGUGAUUGUGCCCCUGCCGGAAGCAGCGCCGGCUGCCGCUGCCCUGCCCGCCCUACUCGGUUCCGGUGACUUUGGUGUCAUCAAGGGUGGUACGUUCUACUACGAUAGCGAUGUGCCGGGGAAGGGCGGUGGUGGUGGCAGCUUCCUAGACGAGUUCUACCGGCUGUCGGGCUACCCGGGCGGCAACAAUGGGCACGGACGGCCCCAGCUCGGCUACCUGGUGCAGGCGGCCAAAGCGGCCGGCCAAGGCGGGCCGGCACCGAAGGAGGAACAGUUCUCCAACUUCCGCGACUUUGCCGACAUCAACAUCGCGAACGAUCCGGCCUACUCCCACCGGGCGCCAAAGUACGAGCCGCCGGCGGCCACCUACCAGCACCACCACGAACCGGACAACAUCCUGGACGAGCUGCGGUCACUGGAUCAGCGACAGCCGGCGGUGCCCGGCGCCAAGGCGGCGCAACCCAAAGACAAAGAGCGGGGCACCGGCAGUAGACGGCAGCGGGCCAGCAGUUCCACGUGCCCGGAUGACGCCAGCACGAACGAGGACGACUAUAUGAUGUACACGGGAUGCGUCCUGAAUAACAACAACCACAGUGGCAGCAGUUGUAGCACCAGCGGUGGCAUCCUUCAUGGCAACAAAAAUCAACCACGCACGAUCAAUGGGCAGCAGCAGCAGCAGCAGCAGGGGCUACGCGUCAGUCGAAGCAGCACCCGGAAAAAGCCCUUCCAUUUCAUAUCCAACAUGUGGAAGAUGAAGAAAAUCAUCAAGUACGACGACAUUAUGUUCCACCGGGAGAUGAACUGUCGGGCACGGUCAGAACCGUCAGUAUCGACGUACAGCUGCACCGGCAAGGGUUGCCAGCGGAAGUCAUCGCCGUCGUUUUCGAUGCUCAGCCUGUCGCCGGCCAAGUUCCAGAAGUCGACCGACGACGAGCUGGAGGUGACGCGACUCCGGCUGUCCCGCAACGACAACCCGUUCGUGCAGAAGGUACUGGCCAGCCGGGACAACGUGACGACGGAUGUCAUCGAUGAUACCGAGUCGGACGAUGCGAUCCUCAUCCUCAUGUCGGACGAGUUGAACGGUGAUGCGGAAACCGAUCCCCUGGCGCUGCCGCAAGUGCACGAGCACAUGAUUCGCUCGCCACCGCCAACGUUUUGGCCCCGGGCACAAAAGACUGUCUUUAACUUUAGUGGCGGCCAGGAGGAAGCGCCAUGUCUUCAGCGAGCGGCCAAGGAUGCCGGUGUGGCGGCGGAACCUUGCAUCCUUGCAGUUCGGGACACGGCGUCGACCGGUGUUUUAAGGUAUUUCAAUCGCAACACAAUCAACAUGAAAGCGAAUCAGCAGCAGCAGCAACAGCAGAAGUUUGUGAUCGUCCGUGCGAUGAACAAUCGCCAGUACACUGUACCGUUGGUGCCAAACAUAACAUUCUACGAUAUACUGAAGCAUGUUUGUCAGAAAACCAAUCUGGAACCAGCGGAACAUAUUCUAGUCUUCCGCAAUCGGCCACAGGACUCGUCACUGAUGUUUCGCUUCUCGGGGAUUCCGAACAAAGCGAUGCUAGCAAUGGAGAGGGCAAAGCGAGCGCGCGUCUUAUCGCAGGUGACGAUUGUGCUGCACUGCGAGAAUGGUGCACGUCCAUCUGGGACGUUUCAUCCUACUGCAUCGUUGCUCGAGGUGCUACAGCAACUCUGCCCCGAAUUGGCCCGGGCGGAUGCGAAUCCGGUGAUGAUCUAUACGCGCUGCGAACUGUUGUGGGAUCAGCUCGCGGAGACGACACUAGAAAACCUUGGUCAGACCGGUGGUGGUGCUGUCAUUCGGCUAUUGCAACGAAAACCUGAAGAACUGAAGUUACAGGCCAACGUUUCAUCGCCGCUGCCGAAAGUAAUGCGAGCGGAGGAACCUGCUGCACCGAUAACGAAGAAGGUGCAGGCAACCGAGACAGUCUCGAAGCUACCGGAAACCCCCCCGGCAUGUGCUGAGCCGUUGCCUCAAGCGCAACAAGUGCCUCUUCUAGCAACCGAACAGCCGGCAGAAGUACCACCACCCGUGGAAUCUGUUUCGGAAUGCGCCACACCAAUCAACCAGAACAUCACCAGCGGUGUUCCCGCGAAGGACGAGGGGCUCUCGGUGCCAAAGAUUUGCAGUGAGCGUCCGGGAAAAAUUGUGUACAUUGGCGACCGGCAGGCAGUCCUUUACCAUCGUGAGUUAUACGAACAAGAGCCCCCGUACAACGAUGAGGAUGAUUCCUUUUUCGAGCUGACCGUUGCGGAAGUGAUUCAGCUGCAGAAGCAACUGCAGGAGCGUGUCCGGGAGCUAGAAUCAAUGCCGCUAGUAGCCUCAACAUGGCGUGAGCUACAGCGUCAAAAGACAAUGCUGAAUUUGAUCAGCCACUACCCUAAGUCAGUGAUCAGAAUACUCUUUCCCGAUCGAUACAUACUGCAGGGCGUGUUUCAGGUUCAUGAGACGGUUGCGGAUGUAGAGAACUUUGUCCGCGAGUUCUUGAUCGAUCCAGCCACACCAUUCACACUCUAUACCACUCCACCGAAAGAGAUUCUACCGUCGACAGCAACCUUGCUCGAAUUGAAUUGCGUUCCGAGAGCGAUGCUUCAUUUCGGUCCUAGCGUAUCGCCUGCCAGUGGAUGCUGCUAUCUGCAAAGCAAACUGAUGGAUCAGCUUUCCGAUGUUUAUGGUGCAGCGGAGGUUGCAGCUCAGGCAAUGCGUCGUGCAUCGAACAAAAGCGGAGGUGAUGGUGCGUCAGUGCCGUCCAGCGUAGCAACAUCCGCCACCACGGAACAGCAGCAGCACCGUGAGGACAAUCAAGCGCCAGGGGCGGCUAGCCUACCGGAACGCAACACAAACAGUGCCAAAACGCAAACACAGCUGCAGCAUUCCAAGCAAGAGGCGAUGCUGCUCAAGUUUUUGAAAAAGUAGCACCGCUGCUUAAUGGAAGCCCAUGUUUCGUUUUCUCAUUUGAAUAUUCCACAAUUUAAUUCACUCAUGUUGCCACUACCAUGGCGCACACUCUUUUUUCAAUUCAAUAUUUUACAUAUCAUUUGGAGCAGUCGUUUGGAAGAGCUCCUUUAAUUAUUCUCUCUCUUUUUCCGCUUCUCUAAACAUUAUUUCUCUCUCUCAUUUCAAUGGACUGCUAUAUUUUCCGUGGCGUUCCGUGCCCGUCUGACCAUAGGCAAACACUGGAGAGUUGAAGCCGGACAGUUGCUCCUCGAUGUAGUCAUGGCCGAAUGGCACACUUCAGUGGUGCCUCUUUUAUGUUAACAGUAACAGGCAGCCCUCGUCUUAAAUCAUAACAUAUUCUUUUUUUUUUCAAAAUUCCUUAAACACAAGCGCGGAUUUUCCCAAAAACCUUUGAAAUCCCGUAUACCCGCGACCCGUAAUCAGCAGCAAGCGCAGCCUUCUAGCACAGUCUAGUGACCGGGUAAUUGAAAUAAAACUUCAAUCGUUUUCUAAAAGCGAAACCAUUAGCUUUGAUGCGUAAAGCCUAGCUGGUAAAACUGGUAAUUUAUGGAAAACUAUUGUUACAGCAUACACCAUGCUAUUGAAAUAAAAACGGUGCUAGUGAUCGAACGCAAUGUUUCUAUACAAUUCAUCGCACUGCAGUGAUCGAGUGUCAGUGAACAAUAAAUAGUCGAAGGCUAAAAAACCAA